CACACACACAUAUACACACUUGCGUGCGUACAAAAGUGCUAAUUUUUUUUCCUUUUACUCUCCAACACCUGCGCAAAAAAAAAAAAAAAAAAAAGGUGAUGAUGGUGCGCUUUGCUGGAUGAGCCUUUCUGUCCCGUGUGUCCUGGAGCGCUUUGGUCUGAGUGCGGACUGAACGGAACGGAAGAGGAGCUGAUCGACUGAAGUGUCCGGCGGAGAGGAAGUGAACAGAUGUGAAUAAAAGCACACUGACAGCUUAUGGAUGUGACUGAUCCUUGCUUGCUUUGAGCGUCUAGUGGAUGCUGCUUAUUAAAGUGCUGUUUAUUAGGAUCUGUUUUUUACCGCGUCUCAUUGGGAACCAGAGCAGUGCGCAGGGAGGAGGCGGACACGAUGGAACUUUAAGCGCUAUAGUGCAUCCAGUCUUUCUUUAAAUAAUAAUAAUAAUAAGAAGAAGAAGAAGAAGAAGAAUAGACUAAAAGUGACUUUAGGAGGUGAAGCAUGGCGAUAAACACCGACACUGAGUUUGAGAAGUCGGGUCUGGCGGAGAGCAGCAGGGCGCAGCAGCAGGAGACCGAGAAGCUCCUGUGUGACGGCGGGGCGGGAAACGGGCUCCCCAUGUCCACCUCCGGCAUCCUCACUCUGGACGUAGAGAAAGGACCCGAGGGGGAGCAGAACGGCCACGGGGGGCCACAGAGAUCCGGCUCAGUGGUGCAGCUCGCCUCGGCACCCCUGUCCUCCUCCAGACCAAGUCUGAGCCGCACCUCAUCCACAGGCAACGCGGUGCAGGAGCAGCCCAAGCCCAAAGACUACCUGCUGCUGGUCAUCCUGUCCUGCUUCUGCCCCGUCUGGCCCGUCAGCAUCGUAGCGCUCGUCUAUUCCGUCAUGUCUAGAAACAGCCUACAGCAGGGGGAUCUCGAUGGGGCAAGACGUCUGGGUCGCCUCGCACGCCUGCUCAGCAUCGUGGCUAUCGUCCUGGGCCUGGUCGCCAUUAUCGUCUACGUUGUGGUGUCAGUGAGCUAAAGAACAGGAACACCAGGCUGACGAGAAAGAACCAUCCACAGCAAAAACAAAAAACUAACAAAAAAACCCUCUACUGUGUAAUUAGGGGUAAAAAAAAAAAAGAAAGAUAUUUCUAAUAAAACUAUCUACAAAACCUAAAAAGAAAUUAAGGAGUGUAGCAAAAAUAAGAUCUAUUUAUAGAGAAAUGACAUGCAUGCUUCAGGUUAAUGUGUGCUUGAUUGAUAAAAAAAAAAAAAAGAAGGAAAAGGUUUUAAAAAACUGAACAGUGAGUGCUUAGAAUACACAAAACACUGUUCUUCCGAAGAACUGACCGAAGACGAUGCCAAGGAGGAUGAGAAUGGAACUCUUCGGCAACAUGAGGACUUUGAGCUGCGAGCCGCAUCAUAACCGUAUAUUACUCUUGAAAUAUCCAGAUGCACAGAUAUAUUUGCAAUAUAACUCUUCACAUCUAUUUUAUGUAAAGAUUUGUAUGACAUAAAAAGAUGAAUUGAACUCUGGGGAAUCUGGAGAGUCUUCGCAGGGGGACGCUGGUGGAUGACACACGACCUCACGGACACAUGGAAAAUAGAAGCGAUUCUAAAUGGGAGGAGUUUUUUUCGUUUGUUUUUUUUGAGGACAUUUUUUAUUUUGUGACUUUUGAUCCAGGAAGACGGCCACAUGCAUGAGAGAAGCCGGACGUCAUCACCUCCCGCUAGAAAGACUAGCGUUUAGUUUUUGUUACUUUAGGAUCGCACACAUUCCACGUCAUUGGCACGGUUCUCUUUGCCUUGCUGUUGGAAGCGGUGAGCACUGAAACGCAUGAUGAAUCCUGGCCCUCCAAUAUCCCCCCCUCCCCCAAAACCCCAAAAACCCACCCCCCGCCCACUCUGAGCUACCUGCUGAAGCAUGGACAUGAACGUCUAGAGGCAUGACGAGGGCAGGACGACUUCACCGUACUCUGUGCCAAAGCCCUCAGAGCUGUACUCUACCCACUGAAUCACUGAAACCACUAGUGCAGAAUGCCAGUCUAGCUCUUCUGGACUCCUAAACUUGUAUACGUAUGCUAUAUAUCCAUAUACUUAUCAAACUAUAUAGGCAUGCUGUAGACAGACAGUCUAUCUGUUUGAUAUUCUCUCUCUCUCUCUCUCUCUCUC